UUGACAGACCAACCGCAAGCAACUAAGAACACUAUGGCUAAGACAGUGGCUAUAAUUGGUGCAGGUUGCAGUGGACUUGCAGCCAUUAAAUGUUGCCUGGAAGACGGUCUUACACCCACAUGCUUUGAGAAAAGUGAGGACAUUGGUGGGCUAUGGCGAUACACAGAAAUGGUGGAGGAUGGAAGAGCAAGUUUAUAUAGCUCUGUGGUAACCAACAUUUCCAAAGAGAUGAUGUGUUACACAGAUUUCCCAAUGCCAGAAGAUUUUCCAGCUUAUCUGCACAAUUCAAAGGUCCUGGAGUACCUAAGACUUUAUGCUGAGCAUUUUAGACUCCUAAAGUACAUACAGUUCAAGACUGAAGUUUGCAUUGUGACAAGGAGUCCAGAUUACUUCAAGACAGGUCAAUGGGAGGUCAUAACAAAGAAGAGUGGUGUAAAGAAGGAGGAGUGCUUUGAUGCUGUUUUGGUCUGCAAUGGCCAUCACGUGGAUCCAUAUUUACCUUUAGAGUCUUUCCCGGGUAUUGAUAAAUUUAAAGGAUGUUACAUCCACAGCCGGUUUUAUAAGAAAUCUGAAGAUUAUUGUGGGAAAACUGUAUUGAUCGUAGGAAUUGGGAAUUCAGCAGGAGACAUUGCUGUGGAAAUUAGUGGCAUAGCUAAGCAGGUGUAUGUGAGUACCAGAAAGGGAAGCUGGGUAUUAAGCCGCAUUUACCAUGAUGGUCUACCCAUAGACAUGGCCCUCACGACACGCUGUGGUUUCUGGAUCAGCAGCUCUUUACCUGCUGGACUUUUACACAAACUGCAUCAAAAGCAGAUGAACAGCUGGUUCGACCAUGCAAAUUAUGGCUUACAACCUGAAGACACGUCCUUUUUAAAAGAACCGAUGGUUAAUGACCAUUUCCCCAGCCAAAUUUUAUGUGGAGCAAUAAGGAUAAAACCACACAUCAGAAUGUUCACUGAAUCAUCUGUCGUGUUUGAGGAUGGCUCUAUAGUAGAUGGUUUGGAUGAAGUUAUCUUUGCAACAGGAUACAGCAUCUCCUUUCCAUUUCUGGAUGACUCCAUCGUCAGAGUGAAUAAUAACAAUGUUACCAUGUACAAGAAUGUUUUCCCUCCUCACCAUGAGAAACCUACUCUGGCAUUUAUAGGGCUUGUCCAACCUCUUGGAUCUCUACUUCCAGUAUCGGAGCUUCAGGUCCGUUGGGCUACCAGAAUAUUUAAAGGUGCUGCACGGUUACCUCCUGUGGCAAAAAUGGAAGCCCACUUUAAGAGGAGUUUAGAGCUCAGAACAAAACGUUUUGGAAAAGGCAAAAAUCAGGCUUUACAAACAUACUUUAUUGAGUACAUGGAUGAAGUGGCAAUGGAGAUUGGCAUCCGACCCAAUAUUAUGCGUCUUUUAAUCACAGAUCCUAAACUAGGUUUGAUGGUUUUCUUUGGUCCAUGCACACCAUACCAGUAUCGUCUUACAGGCCCGGGCAAAUGGAGUGGCGCAAAGAAUGCAAUUCUAACACAGUGGAGCCGAACUUUAAACCCAGCCAGGACCCGUGUUGUCCAGAAAUCUACAGACUCUAGACCAAUGGUUAGAUGCCUUUUUCUCCUGUGUGGAUUGACAACAGCAAUUUUCAUAGGGUUCUAUUGUGUGAAAUUUUAAACACUGAGACUUCAAGCCUAGAUUAGAGAUGAGCGAAUCAAUUCUAAACAAAUCAGAUUUGUUACUAAUUUCACAAAAAUUCUGCAGCUGAACUAAUUUGAAGUUUUGUUGAUUGACUUUGGAGGAAACACACAAAACCAUGCCUGAAGAGAAGCAGGGCAGAGAGGAAGAAGAUGGGGAAUCAUAUGACCCUGGGAGAGAGGGGGCUUGCCUUGAUUGGCUAACAGGCUGACAGCUUGUAAGCCAAUCAGGGGGAAGGAUUUUGGAAGGUCCUUUAGCUUUGUGUAAAGCACAGAUGUCAUUCUGAGGUCAGACUCCCAUGGGAGAGGAGGUGUGCGCCUUGUGUGUUGGCUGGGGCAGAUUGGCCAUAGACCCUACAGGGAAACCUCCCAGUGGGCUGAUGCCCAGGGAGGGCGCCUGAGCCCUCCUCGCAGACAUCUGGUUGCAUUUCUUUUCAUUUAUAGGCCUAAUAAUAAAAUGUCUGCACUUGUUGCUGCAGUGGUGGUGGUAGGGGCAGUGGUAGUGACAGUGGCACUCAGGUCAAAAACAGAGGAGGGAAUCAUGGGGAUCCCAGGAUUACAUAACAUAGUGUGAUAAAAAUGGUAGGGAAGGCAGGGGCUAUGAUGAUUACUGCGUGUUAGAUAGGACCUGGGAGCCGGAUCCGGGUGCUGAAGAAGAGGUGACUUCAGAGGAGGAUGGUGGUGGCUGUAGCGGCAAUAAAGAGGAAAUAUAUGGCCAAAAAAAAAUAUGCCAGGGCCAAAUCUGCUUCUAUUAUGUCAGCUUUGGAACUGAUGAUGCCACUGAUACUAUGGGUGCAGGCUCAAAAUGUGCCAGAUCUAGGCCAAGCUUGGCUGCUGCUAGCUCUGUGUGACUGUAACAGUGGCUGCGGGGCUCACUGCUCACUGCUAUUGCUUCUGAGGAUUCUGCUCCACAGCUUCCACUCAGCCCUGGACACAGCCUGUGUUCGGCUGGUUUCAUGUUUCACUGCUCUAAGGGCGGAGCGCAUCACUCCCUGGGCUGUGUGGGUAAGGUCAGGUGACCUCACUGACCAAUCUUGGCUCUCCUUGCAGGUAUUUCAGUGGAUCAGCCCUCUUCCCAGAUGCCUCAGUGUCAAGGUCCUUGUGCUUGCUAAGUUCCUGAUACUCUCGCGUGCUCCUGAUUUACGCUUCAUUCUUGGACUCUGCUUCUCGUCUGUUCCCUGCCUGCUUGCAUUGACUCUCCUGUUGCCGAUCCGGAUUGCCUGACCUAUACCUGUGCCGCCUGCCUGACCUUUUGCCUGUCUGACUACGCCUCUGCUUCAUCCUUGAUCCUGCACUGUUGCUCCUGAUAACAACCACGCCUGCCUGACUACCCUAUACUGCUGGCACCUAAUCAGGUAUCUCCUGGUCCACCCGGACCAGCUGCCUCUGACUCGGUGACUGCUCUGGAGUAGCUCCUGGCAACUACCCUAAUGGCUCAAUUCUAUCCUCACCAUCAGAGGCUCUAGUGAAAACCAGGUAGUUGCUUAGACACGCCCCUCCAGAAUAUAGCCAGUCAGUGGCAUAGUGGAUUCACAGCCGCUGAUCCGUGACAUUGGGCAUCUCCCAUCUGCUAGUUUUUCUCCAUAGUACUAGGAGACAAAAUAAUUGCAAUGUAAAAGAUCUGCAAAAUGAAAAGAAGACAUGGGCAUUCAAACACAAACAUAGGCACCACAGCUCUAUUGCAGCACAUCAAGUGGCAUCACCAGAUCUAGUGGGAAAAUAGGGAAAAACUGUUAACACCAUCAACCAUGUGUUUACCCAAAGCUGCAUGUCCGUUUCACUUUGACAUUGUUUACCAUUGCUUUCACUGCUUUAAGGAGCUUAAAAGGAGGAGAAAGGGAAGAGAAACGUUUGAAAAAAAAAAAAAAAAAAGAAAAGAGAGAAAGAAAUAUCACUCCCUGGAGACCUCAGAGUGUCAUAUACCAAUUUUUAGGCCAGUUGGAGCACUAUUGAUUAGGAUAGAAUGAAUUCAUACCCAAAUCAAAUGUUUAGACCAAUUCAGUCUAAUCGGACCUGAAACAUAUUU